UUUGUGCCAGAAACGAAAAGACCUUCAGACAACUGGCAGUUGAAAGAAAAUUAAUUUAAUUAAAGCCUAUGGUCACUGUACUCAUAUUUUGUCCAUAGUCCAGCUCUAGUUAUAUAGUGGCAGCGAGUGACCAAACCAUGCAUUAACCUACACUCAACUACUUCAUACCCAGUUAUUAGCCUUUUAUUCUAUAUGUGUGUGUUAAUUCUCUUUGUAGCCAUAUUUGUUGCUCUGGUUGGCUCGAGUUUGAAUGUGGACACUGAAACAGCAGUGCCAGCAGUUUACAUUUUUGGGGAUUCCAUUUUUGAUGUUGGCACCAACAAUUUUUUGAAUGAUUCAAAAGCCAGGGCAGAUAAUAAACCUUAUGGGAUUGAUUUUCCUAACUCAAAGCCAACUGGGAGGUUUAGCAAUGGCUAUAACACUGCUGAUCAAAUUGUGAGAUUACUAGGAUUAAACGAGAGCCCACCUGCAUAUUUGUAUCUAGUCAACAAUGAUACAGAAAAUUUCAACAGCUCGAUUCUUAAAGGCGUUAAUUUUGCUUCAGGAGGAUCAGGGAUUAUGGAAGAAACAGGAAAACAACACUUUAUCGAUGUAGUAUCGAUGGCAGACCAGAUCCAACAGUUUGCAACCGUUCACGGCAAUAUCUUGCAAUAUCUAAACGACACUGCCGAGGCUACAAUUAACAAAUCUCUCUUCCUUAUAAGUGCGGGAAGCAAUGACAUAUUUGAUUUCCUUUUGUAUAAUGUGAGUAAGAAUCCCAACUUCAAUAUCACACGUGAGGUUCAGGAAUUCUUCAACCUGCUAAGGACUACUUACCAUACCCAUCUCAAGAAUCUACACAACCUUGGAGCCAGAAAAUUUGGGAUAUUAAGUGUUCCUCCUGUAGGUUGUGUCCCAAUUGUUACCAAUGGAACUGGUCACUGUGUGAACGACAUUAAUACUCUUGCUGCACUCUUUCACAUAGAAAUUGGUGAUGUGUUGGAAAAUUUGAGCUCAGAGUUCCCGGGCAUGAAGUACUCACUUGGGAAUUCAUAUGCUAUUACCUAUGACAUGAUAAACAAUCCUGACCCACUUCAUUUGAGUAACGUGACAUCAGCUUGCUGCGGAAAUGAAACGGUUAUUGAUGGAGUACCCUGUGGCUCCGAUACCCAAGUAUGCGAAAAUCGCAGCCAAUUCUUGUUCUGGGACCAGUACCAUCCCACUGAGCAUGCUUCUCGGAUAGCUGCUCAUAAACUAUAUAGUGGUGGGAAAGAAUAUGUAGCACCCAUGAAUUUCAGUCUAUUGGUUCAGGAAUAGUCAUCAAUUGAAGACAGAGUUUAAAGCAAGUUGGAUUUUGUUACUUUGGUUUUCUACACUACUUGGAUUUUGUUAUCCAAGGCUCAGUAUACAAUCAAUAAACAAACAUUGAAGACCGAGAAAUUGAACAAGCUUUUGUUAUCUGACUUGGCUGUUGUUGUAUAAAUUUAAGUUUUAUAAGCCUCUUUUGUUUUUAUGAUGAGCCAUGCGGGCAAGUUGGUUAAUAUAUAAUGUACUUGUCAAAUGGUGGAAUCAAGGGUAUCGUUUUCAAGUUA